AUGGAAAAUGAAUUACGUGAUAAUGAUGUUAAUUGUAAUACACAGUCGUUAAGGAUUGAUUUUACUGAAGAUGAAACAGAAGAAGAAGAGAAAACAUCAUUUCACUGUGAUGUCUGCAACAAGUCCUUCUUUCUCAAAGACGAACAGACGAUUCACAAAUGUUUCCCUGCAGGAGAGGAUCUCUAUCGCUGUGACAUCUGUGGUAAAUCAUUCUCUGAAAAGGUUCGUUUGACCACACAUAAACACAUUCACGCAGGUGUCGAGCCGUAUCGCUGUAAUACUUGUGGUAAAUCAUUCUCUCAGAAUCAUAGCUUAGCUAUUCACAAAUGCAUCCACAUUGUGGGUAAAUCAUUCUCUAGAAAUAGUGACCUAACCACUCACAAACGUAUUCAUACAGGAGAGAAACCUUAUCAGUGUGAUAUCUGUGGAGAAUCAUUCUCUCAGAAUCACCACUUAACUACUCACAAAUACAUUCACACAGGAGAGAAACCAUAUCAUUGUGAUAUCUGUGGUAAAUCAUUCUCUCAAAAUCGCAACUUAACUAAACACAAAUACAUUCACACAGGAGAGAAACCAUAUCAUUGUGAUAUCUGUGGUAAAUCAUUCUCUGGAAGUAGUGACCUAAUCACUCACAAACGUAUUCACACAGGUGAGAAACCAUAUCAGUGUGGUACCUGUGGCCAAUCAUUCUCUCGUAAUCACCAGUUAACUACUCACAAAUACAUUCACACAGGAGAGAAACCGUAUCAUUGUGAUAUCUGUGGGAAAUCAUUCUCUCUGAAUCAUCAUUUAAUUACUCACAAAUACAUUCACACAGGAGAGAAACCUUAUCACUGUGAUAUCUGUGGUAAAUCAUUCUCUCUGAAUCAUCAUUUAAUUACUCACAAGCGCAUUCAUACAGGAGAGAAACCAUAUCAUUGUGAUAUCUGUGGUAAAUCAUUCUCUCAAAAUCACAGCUUAACUACUCACAAAUACAUUCACACAGGAGAGAAACCUUUUCAGUGUGAUAUCUGUGGAGAAUCAUUCUCUCAUAAUCAGCACUUAACUACUCACAAAUACAUUCACACAGGAGAGAAACCUUAUCACUGUGAUAUCUGUGGUAAAUCAUUCUCUCGAAAUCACAACUUAACCACUCACAAAUACAUUCACACAGGAGAGAAACCUUAUCACUGUGAUAUCUGUGGUAAAUCAUUCUCUCAGAAUCAAAACCUAACUAAACACAAAUACAUUCACACAGGAGAGAAACCUUAUCACUGUAAUAUCUGUGGUAAAUCAUUCUCUCAGAAUCAAAACCUAACUAAACACAAAUACAUUCACACAGGAGAGAAACCUUAUCAGUGUGAUAUCUGUGGAGAAUCAUUCUCUCAUAAUCAGCACUUAACUACUCACAAAUACAUUCACACAGGAGAGAAACCUUAUCACUGUGAUAUCUGUGGUAAAUCCUUCUCUCUGAAUCAUCAUUUAAUUACUCAUAAGCGCAUUCAUACAGGUGAGAAACCCUAUCCCUGUAACAUUUGCGGUAAAUCUUUUUCUCAAAGUUACGACGUGAGUAAACACAAACGUAUUCAUACGGGAGAGAAACCAUAUCACUGUGAUAUCUGUGGUAAAUCGUUUUCACAGAGCAAUGCCUUAACUAACCAUAAAUGUAUUCAUACAGGAGAAAAACCAUAUCACUGAUAGUUGUGGUAAAUCAUUCUCAUAAAAUUAACAUUUAACUAAACACAAACCCUUCCAUACUGGAGAGGAACUAUACUACUGUGAUACCUGUGGAAAGUCACUCGCUGGUGACUUAAAUCCUCAUAAACACAUUCAUAGUAAAGAGAAGCCGUAUAACUGUGAUAUCUGUGGUAAAUCAUUCUCUUUAAAUCAUCACUUAGCUAAACACAAACUUAUUCAUACAGGAGGGAGGCCAUAUCACUGCGAUAUCUGUGGAAAGUCUUUUUCAAAGAGCGAUGUCUUAAUCAAACACAAACGUGUUCACACAGGAGAGAAGCCAUACGUGUGUGAUAUCUGUGGUAAAUCCUUCUCUCAGAACCAUACCUUAAUUUCUCACAAACACAUUCACAUGGGAGAGAAGCCUUUUCACUGUGAUGUAUGUGAAAAGUCUUUCUCUCAAAAAGGUAACUUAACUACUCACAAACAUAUCCACGCAGGAAAGAAACCAUAACACUGUGAUAAUUCUAUUACUCUCUCUCUCUCUAUUUUACUUGUUUCAGUCAUUUGACUGCGGCCAUGCUGGAGCACCGCCUUUAGUCAAGCAAAUCAACCCCAGGACUUAU